CCGGAUGAUGACGUCACAGAUCUCUUCCUCGAAGGAAUGGCUCUGGAUAAACAAAAGUGGCGGAUAGCAGCACUUGUCGCGGUCAUAGGUGUCCUGCACUUGAGUGGAUUUGGUGUCAACUUGAAGCCUCGGAGAAGCCAAGAUGAGUCUGUACCCGUCGCUAGAGGAUAUGAAGGUGGACCAGUUGGGGAAGGCUCAGGUCCAGUUGGCAACUCAGAUGGCUAACUCUGGUGGAGGGGCAGCAACUGCACCCCCGGCUCAGCAUGCUCUACCCCCGUACCCUCUUCAUCCCCCAGAGUCUGAAAACAAGUCCCACUUGGCCCAUCUGUACCCAGCUCUAGGCGACUACAUGGGUCUGGAGUUCACGCACGAGAUAAUUGCCGCUAACAUGCCCGAGUAUCUGCCCAUCGCGGUAAUGCAGUCGGGUACUGUUGCUGUACCUGCAACCAGUCUACCCCCAGCGCAGUUGCCAUCGGGAAUUGUAGCCCCUCUAUCUGGUAUGUCUCCAGGUCUACAGAGAGCUCAAGUGACCAAUGCCAUCAGAGAGGUCACGUUGUGUAAAGAUGGAGAUGGCAAAAUGGGAAUGCGUGUUAAGUCCAUCAACAAGGGCAUCUUUGUCUGUCUUGUUAAGAAGAACUCUCCUGCUGCACUAGCUGGAUUACGUUUUGGAGAUCAGAUCCUGCAGAUAAAUGAGGAAACUGUUGCCGGUUAUUCCAUGGACAAAGUGCAUGCCAUUUUGAAGAAGUGCUCCUCAAAUGGAAUUCGUCUGGCUGUGAGAGACAGGCCAUUUGAACGUUCGGUGACCCUACACAAAGACAGCACUGGUCAUGUUGGCUUUCAGUUCAGAGAUGGUGAGAUUACAGCACUGGUGAAAGAUUCUUCAGCAGCAAGAAAUGGUCUCCUUGUAGACCACCAGUUGCUUGAAGUAAAUGGACAGAAUGUAGUGGGUCUUAAGGACAAGGAACUCUCUGCCAUCAUCAGCGAGUGCGAACAAGUUGUCACGGUCACUGUCAUGCCGUCGUUUGUUUACAAACACAUGAUGAAGCACAUGGCAUCGUCACUUGUUAAGUUUAUGGAUCACAAUAUUCCUGACCUUUAAAUUUAACUUCCAUAUACUCUGCAAUAUUUUUCGUUUCUUUAACUUUGCCAGGCAAUGUUUGGCCUCCCCGAGUUGCAACGGACCGUGUUGUUGAAGCAUUGGCGAGCCAACUUGAACUUGGUUUUUCUUUACUACAAUACAGUAUAUGUAAAUAUGUAAUACUGGAUUAAAAUUGAAUUGGGUUAAUUGAUGAGAUAUGAAAUUCAGAUGUUAUUACAGUAUAGUAUAUAAUCUAAAAGUACAGUAGUUGAGUUAUGGUAAUUAUGAGAUGUGGGCAUUGUUGAUUUUUUUCUAGUCUUUUUAAGUUAGGAAAAGUUUUCAUCAAAAAUUUUUUUAUUUAAAUCGGUGAUUAUGUAUUAGAAAAAUUUGUGUAGAAUUUUAGUAAUGAUAAUUAUUGGUUUUUACUCUAGUAACCUUUGGCAUUGAUUUUGACUCAUUUUUUGGUGACUAUGGUAGCUUGUAGGAGUAGUCUAUCUUCCUCUUCGAGAGAGAAAUCAGUGCCAUGUAUCUCUAUAAGGAAUAGAGAUUAUUUUAAGGAAAUCAUUAUAGGUAUGACAUGUAGCCAGGUGUGUGUGGAAUGUUGUCGGGCAAGGUGGGAUGAUAAUUAUUUUUGCAUUAUUCCAAAGUACAGUAUAACCAGAAUAACCACUUAUAUUUACAAUAUGCAAUUUAAGUAUACGUUUCAGGGUUGCAGCACAAGCAGGCACAAAGUGCACAUCAAAUACAAUUGUCAAAAUCACAGUUUCAUACAUUUAAAUGUCUUCGUUCAUGGGAAAUCAUGUUGAAAGUGGUGCAGUAUGUAUUUGGUCCUCUGACAGAUAGUAUGUAAAUUUAAAGUGCAGUGAUUGAGAAAGAGGUAUUGUUACGUUCCUUAAUUUGUAUAAUUACAAUAGCUUGGUGUGUAGUUUUAGAAUUACAGUUAUGUAUUUUAUAUAUUCAGAUUUAGAUAUUUUCUAGCCACCUUUAUUUGUAUACUCUUGGUUUAUACGGUGGUGUACUGUGCAGUACACAGUAUGCUCUUUACUCGCUAAUAUGCAGAUAAACAUAAGUCAACUAGUUUUCCUCUCUUGAAUCAAAAUACAGUAGCAAAGAAGUAAGAGGCAUUGCUCUUCCCUUCACUCAUCAGGGUACUCCGCAGAUGAUGAUUAUUUGCAGGAUUAAGUUCUCAGAAUUGCGCAGGAUAAAGUACAAGGAGUGAAAGUUGUGUGUGAAUGGCAUAAAAUAAUGAGAGGACCUUCAGUACUGUGUAUUUACAAGGGGCCUAUGCAUGCAAGUUCCCUCACAGAGAAGAAUAAGGAAAGGCAUUUAAUGCUAUAGUCAUUAUGUGAGGUUUGUGAUAACAUGUAAAACUUAUUCAUUGUCUUUAUUAUAAUAAUAAAGCAUUUAUGUCUC